AUGGCUGCCAUAGACGAGUCCGAUCUUACUAUGGGCGAGGACACGGUCAUGGCCUCUACCGAAAUCAAUGGUGAGCAGGGUGCAAACGCCACGGUCGAUCCUUCCGAGAUAUUUCGCCGACUCAACUCCCCGCAAUUCUCGCCUAGGAAGGAGCAACUGCCCUACUCGCUGAAGGUUCCCUCAGCGUCGAAGCAGUACUACAUCCCGAAUGCGUCAACCCAUUAUAGUCGAGAGAGCUCCUCGGAACCCGAAUCGGACGCAAUGGAUAUUACUCCUUCCAAAUCGACAGCCGUUGAGAUACGGGUACCGCCGCCGCCUAGGUUUCCGCCUUUACCGUACUCAUCAUCGAAGACAGGGCUCGUCUAUGAUCCGAGGAUGCGGUUUCACGCAGAGUUCCCGGAUUUCAUGAUGAACCCUGAGGAUAUACAUCCUGAAGAUCCUCGCCGCAUUCACGAAAUUUUCGAAGAGAUACACCAAGCUGGUCUUGUGCAAGGACCAGACGAUCCGGAUGAAGAGGCCAGCGAGGAACAGUGCUGGAGAAUAGAAGCCCGGUCCGCUACCACCGCAGAGAUCUGUCUCAUUCAUACUGCAGAACACUACAUUUUCAUCGAGUCAUUGCAAGACAAGUCUGCAAUAGAAUUAAAAGAUAUCUCAGAUUCUCUGGACUCUAUUUACUUCAAUAACGCAACAUUUGAAUGCGCUAAGCUUGCAGCGGGCGGUGCGAUCGAAGCUUGCAGGGCCGUUGUGCGCGGCGACGUACGUAACGCCAUCGCUAUAAUCCGACCACCAGGCCACCAUGCGGAAAGCAACGCCCCCUCUGGAUUCUGCAUCUUCAACAACGUUCCCAUCGCGACGCGGGUCUGCCAGAAAAACUUCCCUGAGACGUGCCGGAAAGUCUUGAUCCUUGACUGGGACGUUCACCAUGGAAAUGGCGUUCAGCACGCGUUCUAUGACGACCCGAACGUUCUCUACAUCUCAUUGCACGUGUUUAGAGGCGGAAAUUUCUACCCUAAUUUGCCUGACGGAGACUAUAACUUCUGCGGCGAGGGUCCUGGGUUAGGGCGCAACGUCAACAUCCCGUGGGCCGACCAUGGUAUGGGGGAUGCGGAGUACAUAUAUGCCUUCCAAGAGGUAAUCAUGCCUGUCGCAACGGAGUUCGAUCCAGACCUCGUCAUCAUCUCGGCCGGAUUCGAUGCCGCUGAAGGAGAUGUUCUAGGAGGCUGCCAUGUCACUCCAGCUUGCUACGCUCACAUGACGCAUAUGCUCAUGCGCAUGGCGAAGGGGAAGAUCGUCGUAUGCCUCGAAGGAGGUUACAACUUGCGAUCCAUCGCCCGAUCAGCGCUAGCAGUCACAAGGACGCUCAUGCUGCAACCACCCGAACGUCUUGCGGAUGGGUUAUCUCCGAAAGAGUCCGCUGUUCGGACCAUCGAGCAAGUCAAGCGAGAGCAGUCGAAAUACUGGAAAUGCUUGUAUCCGAAACAGUUAGACAAGAACGAUCCGUCCUUCCACGCGACCAAACGCUUGCACGAUAUCAUACGGGAAUGGCAGAGUCAGACACUCUCUGCAGAGUACCGAAUGACACCUUUGGCGAUUAACAAAGCUGAAUUGACUCAGUCUUUCGAACACAACGUCAUUGCCACACCUAAUUUCAUGGAGCGACAUCCCCUUCUGGUCGUCUUCCAUGACCCACCGACUGUGAAAAGCAUUCCUGAUCCAGUUACUGGCAGGAUGGAGUUACACAAUACGUGGUUGACUGAUGUUGCCAAGGACUAUGUCGGUUGGGCAAUUCACAAUGACUUCCAAGUCAUUGAUGUGAACAUCCCAAAGGUAGUUUCAAUAGAAGACGACAAUGGUGGCUAUAUAAGAUCAGACGACAGCGAAGCCCGCGCCCACCAGACCCGGGAGCUUGCGGCUUAUAUAUGGGAGAACUAUAUUGAACCUCAUGACGCUACACAGGUCUUCUUUAUGGGCAUCGGAGCUGCCUAUCUGGGUCUCGUGGAUCUGCUCAGCAACUAUGAAAAUUGCACCGAACCCGAUAGUCCCGUCCAGUGUCUCAUCGGCUUCGUUUCAGAAACAUCGAUCCAAUCCAUCAGGAGAGCUACCGACGACAACAUUGCUGGUUGGUAUUACGCGCACUCCCUAGUAUUCGUUCAAAACAGCCACCACGUCUGGGAUCCAAACCGCCAGCGCAAACUCCGUAAGAAAUGGGGAAAGCUCAUCCGAUCGCCCAAAGAGAAGCUGGACGAAAUGCUCACCACGCACCAAGAUGAGGUUCAAGCCUACCUGCUGAAGAAGAAGAGCGAGUACGAGGCAGAGCUUGAGCAGGCAAGGCUUGCUGACGAGAGACAGCAGCAGCAAGGUCUGAGAUCUCCUCCUCUAGCGAGCGGAAUGCGCUCGCCGCGGUUAUUGGAGCAGCCUCGACAGGGCAGCGUACCAACAAACAACACGAAAAGCAAAGACAUGCCCCCGUUAGGACUUUUCAGCGUGUCUACACCCAGAAGCCCGCAUGGUAGUCCUUUGAGGAGUGACUUCCCGAGGAGGUAG